AUGGGCCGCACCUCCCGAGACAAGCGCGACAUCUACUACCGCCUCGCGAAGACGUCGAACUACCGCGCGCGCGCGGCCUUCAAGCUGCUGCAGCUCGACGCGACGCUCGGCAUCCUCUCCACCGCGACGACGCACGACAGACUCCGCGUCGCGGACCUGUGCGCGGCGCCGGGCGGCUGGUCGCAGGUCGUCGCGGAGCGCCGGCCCGGCGCGAGAGUCGUCGCCGUCGACCUCAAGCCCAUCGCGCCCAUCGCCGGCGUCGAGAUGGUGCUCGGCGACAUCACGGCCGCGGCGACGGCGCGCGAGGUCGUCGACGCGCUCGGCGGCGGCGCGGACGCGCGGCGCGGCGUCGUGCUCUGCGACGGCGCGCCGGACGUCAUCGGCCUCAACGACGUCGACGAGCACCUGCAGAACGAGCUCGUGCGCAAGGCCUGGUCCAUGGCGGAGGCGAUCCUCGCGCGCGGCGGC